UUUUAAUAGGAUUGUUUUUAUAAAUAUUUAUUCUUAUUACUGGAUAGUUUGUAUUUCUUAAUUUUUUAAUGCCUCCUUCAAUCGGCAUUAAUCCUGAUAAUUUUGGGGUUUCUGAAGCUCUGGCUUUGUAUAUUAUUAAGAGUAUUGACGAUUAUAGACAUUAUGUGAUCAAAGAUAUUAAAAAUUGCUCAACGAUAGCACCUUUUGACAUAACUAUCGGAGCUGGGGAACAUUGUGACUUGGACAAAAUGCGUUUUACGGAUACUUCAAAAUGUCUUACAUUGGAGAAUAUGUGCAAUAUGGAACGUUAUGUGCAACCGCUUUCUAAUGCUGGAUUAGCUUAUGCAAAGUUUGGGAAGAGAUUGUUGCUUAAACGAUUUUAUGCUCGCUAUGACAAUGGAAAGCUUAGUGUUAAAAAAACUGAAGCAAAUUUGUUUAGAGACUUUCGGAAGAUUUAUGAAUAUUUUAUUGAAGUUGUUGAUGCUUUUCGUUGGGGACUCGAGCUUGAAUAUCCAACACCUGAAAAGAAAGAAUUAAUCGGUUGUUUGCAACAAAUUCAUAAGAAAAUGCUUGCUUUUAGACCUGAACCUAUAAACAAAAAUUUUACUUCAUAUGCCGAGGACUUUUCGCAGCAAUUGGGUGUUCAACUUGAAAAAACUCUUAAAUGGUAUAAUGAAUUGUAUUUGCCUGCAUUCGAUACACUUUGCAAUUCCCUUAGAAUGGAUCAAUCUGAUGGAUUUAUAUUUUGUAAUUUUGAUUUUUCUUCUGUUUGUUUCAACGAUUUACUUGUAAGAGCCUCUUCCUCACUGCGUUUGCCUCGUUUAAUUAUUAGACCAAUUAAAAGAUAUGACGAAACAAGAUAUCGUAUUGAAUGUAUUAAAUUAGUUAAACCAACAUUAUUUUUUCCGAAGGCUUGGGUUGGAAAAGAAGUUUAUAUUAAACAAAUGGUUGGAGUAAAAGAGGUCGAUUACAUUUCCACUGCUCAAGAUUUUGCUAUUGCGCGAACAUAUGACGCUGCUGUAAAUCUUGCAUCCAAACUAAUAAGCUAUUCGCAACAUAUUGAUCUCAAUUUAAUAACUUCACAGGAGCGACCAAACUACGAAAAAGCAGGGUAUGGACGCCCAUUGUGUUCCCUUCCAUCAUCACGAGAAAAUUCUUGUGAAAAUUCUAAGUCUAAUAAAAAUAAGCAUAAAACGUCAAAAAUUGAAAACCACUCGACUUUGAAUGAAAAUGUUAAAGAAAAUGUUUGUAAUGGAAAUAAGGAAGAAAAAGUCAAAGUAGUCAAAAAAAUUGAUGAGAAUAUUGCAGAGAAGGAAAACAACAAUUUUUGUAAAAAUCCAACAGCGAUUAAAAGAGAGGACACUAGCAGUGGAGUAGACUCCUCGUCCAUUAAAGAUACCCGCCUCUCUUCACAUUCAUCAUCAAAUAGUACUGGGUUUGAGAGCUGUUCUUCUUCUUUAUCUCCACCAUCUUCUUCAAUUAAUACUAACAAUAAACAACAAACUUUUGAGCUGGCGGACGACAAUAAAUCAUUGGUAAGUUUUUAA